AUUGCCAAGAGUUCGCUCACAUGGUGCAUGCUGUGUCUAUUUACUAUUUGCACAUUUUCAGUUUUAAACGUAUUAAUAAUGUCGAACGAUUGGUAUGAAUCAAUAGAACGCCCACGUUUUGUGGUUGCCCCUAUGGUAGAUGCUAGUGAAUUAGCUUGGAGGCUACUGUGUCGUCGUCACGGCGCACAGUUGUGUUACACUCCAAUGUUCCACAGUAAUAUUUUCACAAAGGACCCUAAAUACAGAAGGGACAGUUUACAAACAUGUAAUGAAGAUAGACCUUUGAUUGUACAGUUUUGUGGCAAUAACCCUGAAACCAUGGCUGUAGCAGCAAAGCUAGCAGAAAACUACUGUGAUGCCAUAGACAUAAACCUGGGAUGUCCUCAAGCCAUUGCUAAAAGAGGAAGAUAUGGCUCCUUUCUCCAGGAUGAAUGGGAAUUAUUGAAAAAUAUUGUUCAAGCCAUGUCAAAAGCAGUGUCAGUGCCAAUAACAUGCAAGGUGAGAAUAUUUGAAAGUGUUGAAAAAUCUGUAGAGUAUGCAUUGAUGUUGCAAAAUGCUGGCUGCAAGCUGCUCACAGUUCACGGCAGGACCCGAGAGCAAAAAGGGCCCCUCACAGGAAUUGCCAGUUGGGAGCAUAUCAAAGCUGUUAGGGAUGCAGUAUCAGUCCCCAUGUUAGCAAAUGGUAACAUUCAAUGCUUAGAAGAUGUAUACAGGUGUAUAGAGUACACUAAUGUUGACGGCGUCAUGAGUGCAGAGGGCAUCCUUACAAACCCGGCCCUCUUUAGUGGCAUCAAUUCUGUCACUUGGGAAAUGGCAGAGGAAUACCUUGAUUUGGUAGAGCAAUACCCUUGCCCAUCAUCUUAUAUUAGAGGACACUUGUUUAAAAUAUUUCAUAAAAUUUUUACGAUAGAAGACAAUAAUGAUGACAGACAACUAUUGGCCACUGCUCAGAACCUCCAAGAGUUUAAACAAGUGUGUACAAAUAUUAAAUGUAAAUAUUUAAAUUACCACGAGGGUACGGAAUUAUUAGAAGAAAAUGAAGCAGUAACCAGGAUAGGCUUUAACUUAAUAUUACCUCCAUGGAUAUGCCAACCUUAUGUAAGGAUGUCACCAGAAGAACAUACACAGAAAAUGGAGAAUUUAUGCAGAAAUCAGGACAGUGAUAACCAAUGUAAAAGAAAUCACGAAGAUACAGAUGGAAACACAAUAUCACGGAAGAAAAUGAAGAAGCUCCGCCGUGUCACGAGGAGACCCGGGAAGCCUCAACCGAGGAGCGGCGAGAUUUGUAUGAACGACAAAUGCCCCAACCCUCUUGGUGGUAAAUGUGGUUAUAAACUCUGUAAGAAGUGCUGUAAAAACAAAUGUUACGAAGAGAACCUCGACUGCAUGGGGCACAGGAUUCAUGUCAAAACAAGACGAGAAAUGGCCAGGAAACAUGCCAAAGAAAAUAUUGAUGCUACAGAAAAUAAUGUUGGGACUUUAUAGAUUUUUUGUUACGUGAAUUGUAUCAUAUUUAUAAAUGUAAGUGAAAAUUUAUGUUAUAUUUAUAUUACAUUUUAUGUUCAAUUAAAAA